UUUAAAUAACAAGUAUGUUUGCAGAAUCCCUUUUUGUCCCUUUACGCUUCCCGUAGUGCUGAAAGUCGGCGGGCGGCACAGGCUAGUUCCCUAUUUUGAAACUUGUCCCGCCUCCUCAAAGGAAGUCCCUUCUCCUCGGCAAACAUGGCUCUUAACUAUCAGACAUCGACCCUCUUUCUAACCCUGCCGAUUUCGUGUCAGAUAUGUCUCGGAAAGGUCCGGCAGCCCGUCGUCUGCGCCAACCACCACGUGUUCUGUUCGUGCUGCAUGGAGACGUGGUUGAAGAAAGCCGGCCAGUGUCCCACCUGCAGAGUGCCCAUCACCGCCGAGAACCCCUGCAGGGAAAUCAUCGGAGGGACGAAUGAGGGAGAUUACAGUGAAAGCCCUUCUAUGAGGAAAUGUCUGAGGAAAACCAGAGGGGAACUUCUUCUGCGGGAGUAUGAGGAAGAGAUUGACGGACUCGUCAGAGAAAACGAGGAGCUAAAAUCCAAAAAUCAAAGUCUGGAGGAACAACUUAAGACUGCUUUGCUCCCCUGCACCCUUAACACGGUGCAGCCAGAUGACAAGAGAAUUUCCCUGUUUGCGGUGGAGGAAUGGAAAAACAAGCUCCAAGCUGCCACAGACGUGUGUGAUAAGAUAAAACAGGACAUGGACAAGCUGAGAGAGGCAAAUAAGGCUUUGCGAUCACAAAACAUGGACCUCGUGCAAGAAAACAUGAGACUGAAAGCAGAGGUGGCAAGUAGAUCUCCUCAGAAGUUCGGACGGUACACAGUUGCAGCCCUGGAGGCCAAGAUCCAACAGUACGAGCGUGACGUAGAUCACCUGAAGCGAGCUCUUGAACGCAGCGACCAGUACAUCGAGGACCUGGAAUCUCAGGUCAGGAGAACAGAGGACGGAUCAGUCGAGACUCAGGAUGCAGUUGGGGACAGCAAGAGUGCAAGCGGCGUUCUCAGACAGAAUGGGAAACUCCACAUGAUGAUGAGAAGCUUGAGCGAAAACGAGAGAAGCUCCAUCUGCAGCAACCCGGAGGCGGAGUGUCGAACGUUUUCAAGAAACAACAGCCUGGUGUUCAUGCCGUCAGCGGAUCAGGAGGGCUUUAACAGGAAUCUGGUUGGAGAGCAGAAGAUCGAGGACUUGGAAAGCACUUCCUCUGACUUCUUGCCCACCACACCUUCCUCCGCUUUCCGCUCUCUGACCUUGAGAAGCCCUGGCAUCCGCGAGAGGAAAGUUGCUUUCAGACCCGUUUCUCAUCUGAGACGGCUCGAUUUCGAGGAAUGUGCUAGUCCGGGGAAGACCAGCGCUGCCCUGGAGAAAAAAAUCAACAGCCUAGAAAAGUUUCCCAAAGGCUUUUAUCAAAAGGAAAUGGAAUCCUCCAAAUCUGUCCUGUGGGGCUCUUGGCAGAGAUCAAGUUUACGGGACCUGUCCCAUCCAGGUCCAAGCAAAGAAACCCUAUCAAAGGGAACCACAUCUAGUACUCUAAUCAGCGAGGAGCCUGAUAUUUCACAGAUGUCCAGUGAGGCAUCUAUGGAUGCAGCUUUCCUGGACAAGAUUUCCGAGCUGGACUCCAUGAUGCACGAUGGAGAAAGUUCCAGUAGCCGGGGAUCGCAGCUCUCCUUGGUUUCCUCGCCUCACAUAGAUCUGGAUAACACUCUAGUCCCAGAGCAGAAAACGUGCCCGGACGCCUCGUCCGACAGCGGUGGCGAACCUGGGGAGAAUAAGAGCCAGCACGCGGCUGACAACGAGGACAGCGACUUGAAUGUCAGCGGAGCUCCGGCGUGCUCCGACGAGGAAGGCUUCGCUGCCCAGGAGUCGGACGGGAUGGAUGGCGGCCACGUUUCCGGCUCUGCAGAGCGUGCGGGGCCGUCUCAGACUGAAGAAAUGUCGUUCGACUUGUUGUUUGAUCCCCUGGAUGAGGUCAAGUCUGCACUAUCUGGCUCCCUCAGCCCAGUAACCCAAGACCAGGAUCACGUGAACCCUUCAUUCUCGUCUGGCUGCGCUAGUAGUAAGCCCGUCAACACAAGGGACAGAAGUGCACUGAACAGCAGCCAGCCAAUAAAGAGGAAGUCACACAGUCCCUUUAACACAAGGAGUCCCACCAAACUUUCAAAGCUCAUGUAAUGGAAUAAAAAAAAAAGAAAUCAUUUCAUCCUUUAGGAUGUAAUUUAUUGUUAGCUUUUGUCACGUAGUGUUAAAUGAAUUAAGCUAAGCACACUGAGGUAGUUUUUUUGAAAAGUUUGGUUGUAGGUCUCUGUGGCGAGCAAGUGAUGCUGCAGGGCAUAUUUUCAGCUUGAAAAUAUUUAUCACGCAACCGUCCUGAAUGGUUUUGUACAGAAGUGCAUCUUGUUUUGUGCUAGGAAAUUUGUCUCCCGUUCAGCCUGCUCCCCUGUGUAGUUUUCAGCUGUUCGGCACUUGAGAUCAUCGUUUAACAACAUGCAAAAAAAAAUAAAAUAAAAAAAAUGAAGAUCGCCUUGAAACACUGAAGUCCUAAAGUACAAUGUUGUGUGCUAGAAAAUAAAGAAGUAAUGCAAAGCAAAAA